AAUAAUCCGCAACGAAAAUAUAUGUUGUACACAAACAUGUCCUUGCGGCGUUAUGCGCCCAUCAUCAUCCUGCAGCUGUGUAUCCUCUCCGGCGAGCCGGCGGAGGCCAAGGUCCCGGCGCUCAUCGUGUUCGGCGACUCCACCGUCGACACGGGAAACAACAACUACAUCUCCACGGUCGUCAGGAGCGACUUCGCGCCCUACGGCCGCGACCUCCGGCUGGGGAAUGGCCAACCCACGGGCAGAUUCUCCAACGGCCGUCUCACUGUGGACUUCAUCUCCGAGGCGUUCGGCCUGCCGCCGCUGGUGCCGCCCUACCUCGACCCGAGCGCCAACAUGAGCAGCCUCGCCGCAGGCGCAUGCUUCGCCUCCGCCGGCGCCGGCUACGACAAUGCCACGUCCGAUCUUCUCUCCGUGCUCACGAUUUGGAAGCAACUGGAUUACUUCAAGGAGUACGCGGCGAAGCUGAGGAGCUUCCAGGGAGAAGAGAAGGCGCAGGAGACGCUCACGGAGGCGCUCUACCUUGUCAGCAUGGGCACCAACGACUUCCUCGAGAACUACUACGCCGUGCCACACGGUAACGCGGCGAAGUACCCCACGGCGGCGGCCUACGGCGGCUACCUGCUCGGCGCCGCGGAGUCGUUCGUGCGCGCGCUGCACGCGCUCGGCGCGCGCAAGGUCGACCUAAACGGGAUGCCGCCCAUGGGCUGCCUCCCGAUGGAGCGCGCCUUGGGCGGCGCGUGCACCGAGGAGUACAACGCCGUCGCGGAGGAGUACAACGUCGGCCUCCGCGCGGUGAUCGGCCGGCUCAAUGGCGAGCUCAGCGGCGCGAGGAUCGUCUACGGGGACGUGUACGGCCCCGUCAGCGACGCGCUCGGGCACCCCGGGUCGUACGGGUUGGAGAACGUGGAGGCCGGGUGCUGCGGCGCCACGGGGCGGUUCGAGAUGGGGUACCUGUGCAACGCGCGGAGCCCGCUGACGUGCGCGGACGCCGGCAAGUUCGCCUUCUGGGACGCCAUCCACGCCACGGAGCGCCUCCACCACGCCCUCGCCGACGCCAAGAUGAACACCACGCUCCACGUGUUCCUAUGAUUCCUCCGGCUGCUGCCUGCUGUUGUGUGCUCGCAGCAAGUCCAAUCAUCAAAUGUGAUCGUUCUCUUUUGCGGUCGUUCUUAAUUUAAGCGUGCGUGUGCCAACAAGGCAACGUAUCAGCUAUAAGGUAAAAAAAAUACAUAUAUUUUUUAUAGUUGACCAUAUUUUCACCCUCUAUUCUUGCAUUUUUCAUAGGAAUUACCUUUUAUGAAAAAAGUUGAAAGCAAUAUAUGAAGUAUCACAUAUC